GGCGGGCCGCGGUAGGGGGGUGUUUCGGCGCGGGGGCCGUUGGCUCCAGACAAAUAAACAUGGAGUCCAUCUUCCACGAGAAAGAUAUUUGAGGUUUAGUAAUAACCAAAUUCCACAUAAGUGGCUUGAGGAAGUGGCAAUAGCACAGACUUGAAGCCUCUGACCUGGGUUUGAAGCCCUGCUCUGCCAUUUACUACCCGUAUGAACCUGGCAAGAAGGUUCACUCUGUGCUCAGCAUUGCCUGAAUAAUCUGCUGCAAGGAGAAUAUUUUAGCCCUGUGGAACUGUCUUCUAUUGCACAUCAGCUAGACGAAGAAGAGAGGAUGAGAAUGGCAGAAGGAGGAGUUACUAGUGAAGACUAUCGCACAUUUUUACAGCAGCCUUCUGGAAAUAUGGAUGACAGUGGUUUUUUCUCUAUUCAAGUUAUAAGCAAUGCCUUGAAAGUUUGGGGUUUAGAACUAAUCCUGUUCAACAGUCCAGAGUAUCAGAGGCUUGGGAUCGAUCCCAUAAAUGAAAGAUCAUUUAUAUGCAAUUAUAAAGAACACUGGUUUACAGUUAGAAAACUAGGAAAACAGUGGUUCAACUUGAAUUCUCUCUUGACGGGUCCAGAAUUAAUAUCAGACACAUACCUUGCACUUUUCUUGGCUCAAUUACAACAGGAAGGUUAUUCUAUAUUUGUUGUUAAGGGUGAGCUGCCAGACUGUGAAGCUGACCAACUCCUGCAGAUGAUCAGGGUCCAGCAGAUGCAUCGACCAAAACUUAUUGGGGAAGAAUUAGCACAACUAAAAGAACAGAGAGUCCAGAAAACCGAUCUGGAGCGAGUCUUAGAGGGAAAUGAUGGGUCAGGAAUGUUAGACGAAGAUGAGGAGGAUUUGCAGCGUGCUCUGGCACUAAGUCGCCAACAAAUUGACAUGGAAGAUGAAGAAGCAGAUCUCCGCAGGGCUAUUCAGCUCAGUAUGCAAGGUAGUUCCAGAAAUAUAUCUCAAGAUAUUCCACAGACAUCAGGUACACAUCUUACUUCAGAAGAGCUACGGAAGAGAAGGGAAGCCUACUUUGAAAAGCAGCAGCAGCAGCAGCAGCAGCAGCAGCAGCAGGAGGAGGAUCCACCAGGACAGCUGUCACACCCAUGUGAAAGGCCGACCACUAGUUCAGGAGCACUUGACGGUGACCUAGGUGAUGCUAUGAGUGAAGAAGACAUGCUUCAGGCAGCUGUGACCAUGUCUUUAGAAACCGUUAGAAAUAAUUUCAAAAUGGAAGGAAAAAAAUAAUACCUUUUACAAAUCACUUAGAUAUUUAUGCUUUCCAACAUUAUCCUGUGUGAUUACAGCAUAGGGUCCAUUUUGAUAAUGUGUCAAAGAGAACAAUGUUCACAGAGGAAGUAAGACUUUUAGGUGGUUUGCAAACAAAAAGAUGAGAAAGUGGAAACAUGUCAGGUGUAGGACUAAAUAAUGAUCCUCCAAAUACUAGCCAAAGAGGCAUUCAGCAAUUAAAAAAUUUAAAAUAGUUUUCUAAAUGUUCUUUUUUCAUUUUUGAGUGUGCAAUAUCUAACAUGGCUGAAAUUAGGGCAUUUUUCUUGGAUCUUUUUGCAGACCAACUAAUUAGCUCUUGCUUUUUCCAUACAUUUUGUUUUGUUUUUCUCCCUUCUGUGUAGGUAACUUGGCUCACUUUCAUCAUCUAAUAGUUGUUUCUAUUUUUCAUUAACCAAAUUAACCUUUUAGGUUAAGCGUCUCUUCUCUAUAUUGAUAAUAGUAACGGUUCCAGAAGGAUGAGCUGUUUCUCUCCAUCUGUUAUUGUGCUUCUGGGGAGUUUUCUUGUGUUAUUGUCUCUGAUCACAAUUUCUCUGCCACUUAGAUUGAAUUAUUUUUCUACAACUCUUUUAAAAGGUAAUAAUCUUUCUUGAGGUUUUGCUUUUUAAGUCCCCCACGAUGGGAUCAUUAUUUCAUGAUUCUGGUGCAUUCCUAAACUCUGAAAUCAGCUCUGCACAAAUAGUUAAGAAUAAAUGAACAUUUUUUAAAUGUGUGAGCACGUGCUUUCCCAAACGCUUAAUGAAUGUCCUCUCAGUUAUGUCAGAACUUCGCAGCAUUGUAACCCUCCUUCCAGCACCUUGUCACUUCCUUUCUUUUCCAAUUGAGAAAAACAGGAGAAGCAUAGUAUGCAAGCCAGUUUCCUUCUGUUAUAAGACAACACAUAAUACCCACCAUGAAUGUAUGAUAGACAAAUUUGGCCUUCAAUUUUAGUAGCAGUUUUAUUUUUCUUGUGACUGGAGCUGUCUGUUCUAUUUGCAGCCGAGUCAUAGAAUGUAGGUGGUCUGUUUCUGCUGUACAUCUUCUCGUAGGUAUAGCUUGCCAGAGGUGAUCAUCUGGAACAUGAAAAUAAUUUACUAACAAAAAUAUAUUUAAAUUUAUACUGUGAUUUAAUACUUGCAUCAUGUUUAAAUAGCUUAAGAGUCAUAGAAGUCACACAGUACUUAAUGGGUCUGUAAAUAAGAAAGUCUUUAGUUUUGAUAAACAUUCUUUAAUUGGGAUGCACAGAGUUUCUGGCUAGGUCAAUACAGUGGUAUGAUUUUGGUGAAAAUUAACCAUGUUGCUCUGAAAUAGGUGUUUUAGGUUCUGUUAUCUACUUUCCAUCCCUCAUUCUCCACCCCCUUCUGAAGCCCUUUUGAAUGUUGAAUUGUUCAUAAGUUAAAAUUUAAGAAGAAAUUUCAGCUAACGACUUAAAAAAUUAAAGUAUGGUAUGUUGUCAUACUGGUGUGUGGCUGCACACAUUUUUAUCAGGGAAAUUUUUUUGAUCUAGGAUUUAUUGCUAAGUGAAAAGAGAUGAGAAAAUGCCUUUUAUUUAUGAUUAUGAUAUAGUUUUCUCUUGGAUAGAGACAGAUUUUUUUAGUUGUUAUUUUGUGCCAAAUGAAGUCUUCUGAAGUUUCCCUCACAUAAAAUUAGUUUUCUUAUAACAAUUGAAAAUGUUUCAGAAUUAUAAAACUUGACAACUGCUAGGGAUGUUAGAGUUUAGUACAUUUCCCUAAAGAAUUACAAACCAAAAUAUGCUAGUCAUAUUUUCCAUGAGUAUUUGGCCUUUAUCUUUUCCCAUUGAAAGAUUACAUUAAACUUUUCAUAUACUUGAAUUGUUAAGCUCUCUAAUAUAAAAAUGAGAAAAUGAAUAUGCAUAAGUUUUAAUCUUAGAGUUUAUAAAGUUUUUAUAUUACACACCCUUGUUAAAGCCCUUAAGGAAAUAUGGCAUGUUGACCUUCACUUAUUAGAGAUUUUUUAAAAAGCAGAGCUGAGCACACACUGGAUAUAUUUGAAUGUGAAAUUUAGUUUGUUGUGAAAUUGUUAUAUUUGGCAGACAGAUCCAGAAGCAUUAGUAAACUGCCAUCCUGUUUGGAUUGGCCUAAAUUUAACUGAACAUUUAGAUUCCAACAGUUGGCCAGUAUGAAAAGAUCCCAAUGCUCAUAGGUACAGUAUCAGAAAAUUUAACAGUCAUACAAAGCUACAGUUCACACAUCAGGAACUGCUGUUUACUGUAAACCUCCUGCAGGAAAGUCAGGAACAAUGAAAUUCACAAUAACUGUCUGCUAACAACUUUAUUUGUAUAAAGAUUUCCAUUCUGUUUUACCAAUUGGGAACACUUUAAUGUUUAAUAUUUAAACUAUUGGUAUCAUUUUUCUAAUGUAUAGUUUGUAUUACCAAGAUAAAACACACAGUGGUGAUGCUAGUGUUAGAAGUUUAAACAGGCUUUGGAAAUGCCACUUUCAUAUUUUGAGAUGUCUUGGAUUUAAUAAGUAAUUUAUGUUUUAAAAUUCAGAGUACUUAACCUCUGCUCUAAAACCAUCAAUAUACAUUUUUUACAGUAAUUAUCUUAAAAAUAUUUCAGUACUGUAAAUUGCUUUAAGAGGUUGCUGUAGGUAAACUAAGAUCUUGGCCAAAAAACUUACAAUUCACGGAAUAUUUAAGAAGGUGCUUUUUUUUCUUUAAAACUUGAUUUUUCUUAAGACUUUAUUUAUGCCAAAGUUAAUGAGGAAAAAAGCUCAAAACUAGUUGAUAACCAUUAUAGGCAAAACUACAAGUAGUCCACAUUGUUUUAUUUAAUAUUAAGUUGAAUAAAGUAAAUUUUAUUACAGUCAGAGCCUAAAUCAUAUUUUUAAUGUCUGCGUAUUUGAUACUAUUUUAAAAUAGUAUUGGACUGGUGCCAAGAUUUACUAAAUAUCUUAACAUUGGCCCAUUGGACCUAUGCAAAUUAAAAAGAUUGAUUCAGUGCAUAAGCCAAAUAUGAUAAUAAUUGACAUACCUUCAGUUGAAAAGUAAAUCUUGAAGUUUUAAAUUCGUAAGAGGAUUCAAUAAUUAAUAUCGAUGACUUCCUAUUAAGAACUUGAUCUGCAGUUGGAGAGGCCUGUGGCCACUACUUUCAAAGUAAAUUGUUGUAUCUAGGCCCUGAUGAGUAUGGAGAUGUUAUAAAUGUGAUCUUAAUUAAGACAAUCUAGAUCGGAUCAACUAAUCCUCAGCAGUGUAAACAGUUUUUCAUAUUUUCAAAUAAAAACUUUCCUUCAUUCCUUUAAAACCAUCAUCUUUUGCUAAAGAACUAGCUUGUAUUGCUUUUUGAAGUCUUACACAUAACAAAAAUAUUUUUGUUCCGUUUUGCUUUCUCGAAUGAAAAUUAUUAACAUGGUUAGUUAAUUCUUGAAUUUUGAUUUUUUAAUUUGAAGAAAACCUUUGCUAUUUUUUUUUCCAGAAUGGUCUGGCAUUUUAAGAAUUAAUGCUGUAGUAACAUCACUUCUAAGUUUACAGCAAUUGGCAUGUUUAAUAAUAGUGCUAUCGAUAAAUAUUUUAAGACUGUGGACUCAUAGACAAGGAGAGGAAAGCAAUAGUGAAAUAUAUGUAGAAAUUCCUGAUCAAUUUAGGAAGCACUUCAGUUGUCUCUUGCAUAGUUCAAAGGUGAACUUUUCCAGGAAUUUUUUUAGUGCUUUUUUUUUUUUGGGAAGAGGGAAACAUACAUUUGAAUUUGAUCAUCUAAUUUCUACAACACUGGACUAUUAGGAAAAACUUUUUAAAAAUUACUGUUCUGUAUAAACUAUUUGAAAUUCAAGUACAAAAACCAUCUGAAAUGAAAAGCAUUGUCUUUUGGCCAUGACACAAGUGCACUGUGACAGCGCUGUUUGCUCAGGACUCGACUCUGCAGCCCUUCUGUGUGUGCCCCUCUGAGUUGUGCUGUUUUUAUACACACAGGCCUUCCUGUCUGGUCUGUAGAAAAGCCGGGCUUCCAAAGCACUGUUGAACACUGAGGAUUCUGUUGUUAAUGUGGAUGUUUGAUGAGUUGUAUUUUAAGUAUAAAAGAUUAUUAAAUAAAGAUAAUGUUUGCUUUUUUA